GCACAGGGUAACACAGUUUGAAAACUGUCUUCUAAUGUUUGUUAACACAAGCAGCAGUCAUGGGUUCUGACGCGCAGGAGGAGAGACUCCGCGAGCUCUUCCACGCGUGCGAUGUGGAUCACUCAGGAAGCAUCGAGAAAUGGGAGUUUAAGAAAAUAUGUUCCGAGCUGCACGUGCGAACCUCCGAGAUAGAUGCGAUAUUUUCCAGACUUGACACCGACAAAGACGGCACGAUCACUCUGGAGGAGUUUAUGGACGGAUUUCAGGAGUCACACCUGUUGAACGACGAGGACAUGUGCAGCGACAGCGCCGGGGAAAGUUUCUCUGUCGCCUGGGAGGAUUUUAAAUUCCGCCUGGGGGAUCAAGUGAAAUUCAUCCCCAGGGUUGACCAGGCAUCAACUCUGUACCAGAACAUCAGUCUGAUGGAGCCCAGAAUGAUGCCUCAGUAUGAACAAGUUCUUCUCAGUUUCAUCAGAGAGAUCCGAAUACUGAACACAGAGAUGGAACAUUUAGCACUUUCUAUAAAGAGAUCUCAGGAUCAGGCAUAUAUACAGUUGAGUGAGAUGGAAGAAGAGAUGGAUCACCGUGUCCACACCACAGAGAGAAACACACGUCUACAGGAGUCUAAAAAAGCUGAUGCAGCUCUGAGCAGCAUGAAACACCAGUAUGAGUCUCAGAUCUGUGAACUUCAGCAGAAGAUACAGACCCUGCAGAUGACUGAGGACCAAAAUAGGAGCACCAGCCUUAAAGAGGAAACUUCAGCACUGAAACGAAAGAACAACGACCUGACGCUGCAAAAGCAAAAGUUGAAGCAAGAGCUGUUAGAGUCCCACACAAAUGUUGCAUUCCUGCAGAGUGAACUGGACUCUCUCAAGAGUGAUCUUACAGACCAAAGCAUCAACUUUGAACGAGAUGAAGCUCUGAUGAAAUGCUUCUCUGAAGAGAGAGAGAACCUGGAGAGACAGAGCGAGAUGCUUCAGGCAGCAAACAGAAAGCUCCAUGACAGUAAUGACGGUCUACGUGCAGCACUGGAGAGCAGUCAGAGUAAAAGACAGACUUCGUGUGUUACUGGGCUCUCAACUGGAGUUUACAUGAACAGGAAGAAGAGCUUGAGUUCCCCUUAUUUUGAUCGGUGCUGUAACACUUAUCUAGAUGAAGUCUAUGAUCAUCUUCAGAUGAUGGAGGAUCUGCACAGACAGAACUGUGAUUCUCUGGCUCUGGCCCUGUGUGACCCCAUGCGCAGACGCAGUUGUGAGGAGGACAGCCUGCCCGAGAGCUACGUGGACAGCGGCAUGUCGACUCUACGCUCAAAUAAUUUCUACGAUUACGAGCAUGAAAGAACUUCCUGUCCAAGUCCUGUGCAAGCGGUGGACAACAGCACCACUGUGUCUGGAGACACUUCGGACACAGAGGUUCUGGAGGUGCGAGAUGAGGCUGCGUUUGGUUCAGAUAUUGAAUCAGUUCUGAGUUGGACUCCAUCACAAGCUGCUCAGAAAAAUGAUUCGGGGAAGAAAUGCCUCUCUGCUAUCUUCACUGAGAAAGGGAAGGAUGAGUUGGCGGUGAUUGAGGCUCUGUCUGAAAAGGCUUACAGAAUUGUGCUGGCAGGAGACGCUGCGGUGGGCAAGUCUAGUUUCCUUCUUCGCCUCUGUAAGAACGAGUUCAAAGGCAACACCAGUGCCACACUGGGUGUUGAUUUUCAGAUGAAAACCUUGGUGGUAGAUGGUGUUCCUACAGUGCUGCAGUUGUGGGAUACGGCUGGGCAGGAAAGGUUUCGUAGCAUUGCUAAGUCUUACUUCAGGAGAGCUGAUGGAGUUCUUCUACUGUAUGACGUCACCUGUGAGAAGAGCUUCCUUAAUGUGCGUGAGUGGGUCGACAUCAUUGAGGAUGUGUCCCAAGAUGAUAUUCCCAUCAUGCUUGUGGGGAACAAGACAGACCUGAGGAAUGAAGCUCUUCUACAUGGAGUCACCUGUAUUCCAACCAGCUAUGGAGAGAAACUGGCCAUGACGUACAGUGCUUUAUUCUGUGAGACGAGUGCAAAAGAUGGUUCCAAUAUCAUUGAGGCGGUUCUUCAUUUAGCACGAGAGGUGAUAAAGCAUACUGAUGAAUGCAAGGAGCCGAUAGCAGUGGCAAAACUCUCCGGAAGUCAUAACAAAAAGAUGUCCAACCCUAACUGCUGCAUGGGCUGAUGCGUGUGCACAUCAUCCCCAAACAUAGACUUACCGCAGCAGUUCUAUCUGAGCCUCUGUCACAGAUACAACGCUUCUACAGAGUUCAAGCAGAAUAACAUUUAAUUGUUAAACUAUUUAUUCAAGUCACAUUAAAGAUAAGAAACAAGAAAGAUAGGAAAAAUUAGAAUUUUUGAGAAUUUUGCUUUACUAAAUGUGUUCAAGUUUUGACCUUGGGAUAGUCUCAGAUUUUCUUUUUAUUGCAGGCCACAUGUUUAAGUCCAAGCACAUUUUUAUGUGUUGCAUUGCCUUUGAUAUCCCUGAAUUUCUCAGCUUUCAGGACUGCGAAGCGACACCAAUAUUUGUAGCAUUCUUUUUUGGUUUACAUACAUUUAGUUAGGAGUUUAGUAUGGCGUACCAUGCCUUUUCCUAUUUAUUACAUGAAAACAUUCUUUGUGUGAGUGAAAAGAAAUCUAUACCAUUAUAUACUGUAUGUCUAACAGGGUAACUGAAUUGUUUUUUUAUUUGUGGUAUGUGAAACAGGAUACUUGUUCGGAAUAAUGUGAAAAGCCCUAUUUGUUAGGAACUGUUAAAGGAAUAGGAUAGUUUUUUUUUUCAUUCAUCUCUUUAAUUCACUUUUUGAGACGUGUGUCUAAUGAGAUGCAUGAAACCCUUUAUGGAUGAACCAAAUGUUUUAGAAUUAUUUGGAUAAAGAAUUGAAAAUUGGUGCUUGAUUCAAAGCAUAUAUGAUUUUCAAAUCAUAAAUCUAAAUGUCUGAAAAAUGAGAGUUUUAAUUAAAACAGAUUAGUAAGUUUUUAUGGAAGCCUCUAAUUGUAAUCUAUAAUUUUCUUUAUGCAUUCCACAUGACGUACUGCUGUUAUUGCAUCAUAUUGUUUUUGGAAGAGCAGUCAGUUUUAAUGGGUUGUAUCUGAUAAACACUAUUCUCUUUUCUGUAACACAAAUACAACACACUAUUCUAUCAUAAGCAGUGGACACUUAUUAUUUAUGUUCUUACAGGAAACAUUCCUGAAUAUGCUCACUUAUAUUAUCUCAUUACAUGCAACUGUUUCUUUUAUAAUAUGAUGCAUAGCUUGACUUUAAGAUUGAAUGUAUGUUGCAAGCACACAUUGAAUAUUGAAAUAAAGAUUAAUAUGUUUUCACUCCAAUUUUAUUGUGGCAGUACUAACAUAUAAAACAGUUCUUUUGUUUGAACAUAUAAACAAUCAAAAAUCACUUUACAAAUUUCAUAAGGCAGAUUGGGAACUGUUUUUUUUUUUUUGUUUUGUUUUUUUAAUACUCCCAGAGUUGUAUAAAGUUGAAAUUAGGUGACUGACUGUUUUAAUUUCAAAACAUUUAUAAUAUUACUAAACAUGCAAACAAAACACAUUUCACAUACUGUACUCUGUGAAAUCACCAAUCACUCAAAAAGAUAGCAAACAUAUAUAUAUAUAUAUAUAUAUAUUUUAAAACGUGGUAGCAUUUUCCAGAUUAUCUAUUGCAUAUUUUCUUGUUUUACUGUAUCAUUUAUCAGUAUCUUUAUUAUUAAAGGGUAAUGCAUUGUUUUUCGUGUUUGACCAGAUAUAUUUAUGAAUUAUUUGAGUAUGUUGCAAUAAAUCACUAAUCAUAAAUCAAGAUCUUAAUGUGAAUGACCAAAAUCAGUGAAUGUUGCACUUCUUCAGUUUGGCUAAUUAAUUACCAGCACAGUCAAUUCACUGUCAUUCAAAGGUCUGAAUCUCAUGAAACCUGUUAAAAACACAUCCAAGUCUUAUCUCAACCCAAAAUCAAAAGAAAAAAAAUUGACUUUGCAUAAAUAAAAUGAAGGCUAUUUAGGAUGAUUAAGCAAUUUAAUUGACAUUAAUUUAGUCACAAUUAAGCACAUUUUCCUAAUACAAUUCUCAUUACUGUAAAGCAAAUAUAUAUAUAUAUAUAUAUAUUCUCAUUACAGUAAUGCAGUGAGAUGUUUUACUUUUGAGUUUGUAACUCUUAUUUUUAAUGACAUUCUCAUUAGUUUAUAAAGAAAAUCAUUGCCUUUUCAUAUUAAAAAUUAGCCAAAGACAAUUACUUUCAUGACAUAUAAAUACUUCACAAUUUAAAGUAAAAAAAAAAAAAAAAAAUGGUUAUGAGAAUUAGAUUUUAUUUUCAGCUUCACGACAAAUAGGUUUUAAAAAAUUUCUUUUGAUUUUGCGUGUUUUUGACAAAAAGCAUGUUCUUGACAUGUAAAUUUAACAAUUGCAAAACAUUUGCAAUUUACCAAUGAGAAAAUAAUUCAGAACAUUUGGAUUCAAUAGUUUAAGCUUUAAGUGACGGACAUAAAUAGAAAUUUAAAAAGACAAGAUUAAAAGGAAAAUAUGAAAUCUCUUUUAAAAUAAGACUUUGAAUUAAUUAAAUGUUUUGUUGCGGACAGUUUUGUUAAAAUAACUUGACCAGACACAAACAAAAUCUCAGUUCUACCAAACAUAAGCUAAAUAAAGAUGAAAUAAGCACAUCACCCCUCAUCUUUAUCGGGUGACAUUAAAUCUUGGUGUUCCUUCAUGCAACAGAACGGCAAGGCUACAAAAACAAUAACUAACACAACAAAUUCAAGUGCAUGACAUUUCUGUUUGAUAUAUUAAAUGUUUUUACCCUCUGGCCAGUUACAAUGAGGACAUCUAUUUUUUGCAACAAUACAAUACAAUAAGAGAUUUUUAAUUUCAUGGCCAUAUUCAACCAACCUACUAUUGCCUGUAAUAAAAUAUUAUAAAGAUUUUUACAUAAUCACUGUUACUAAAGCAUAUUUAGGGAAUAUCUGUUCUCAGUUUAAAGAAAUAGUCCACCCAAAAAUGCGAAUUCUGUCAUCAUUUACUCAACUUUACAGUAUGUCUUUCAAAGCAAUUUGACUAAAUUUGGCCAUUUUCUGGUUUCAUUGGUCAUGAUAACACACAAACAAGAUAAGCACAAAGCAUGACUAUCUACUAUCUACAUUACUGGGUUUUUUUUUCUACAUAUUUAUAUUAUUGGCUGUUUCAUGAUGCAUGACAUUAAUAAAUAUGACUCAACCCUGAGCUGCGAGUAAAGAGAAACCUGAACAGAAUUCAAAAGAAAGAAAAAAGCCUUUAUAUGUUCAUUUCAAAUGGCAUUUGGCCAUUGUAAAGUCCUAUGAUUAUACAGAAACAUGAAUUAAAUGUGUUAGUUGAGUCCACAAGUUCAGAGACUUGGAAUGAGAAUGACAUUUCACAGUAUUUACAGGCACAUGCUGUCAUAGGUGUACAAAUGGAAAGGAGAACUAUUCAGCAGACAAGACGCUUAAAUAUACACAUCUACUCAACAGUGUAUGUGGAUGUAUGUUAUUCAGAUUUUGUUUUCAUAAAGCACAUAUUGUAGGUUAUGUAAUGCUAAAUGUGAUUUAACGACAAGCUUAGAGCAUGUAUGGAUGAAUAUCAAGCACGAUGAGUCACGAAUGACACAGUCAAAUAGCAAUCAGAUAUGUUCUUUGAAAUGACAUAUUCAUAUAAAUACAUAAUAUGCAUUUUUCAUCAGAAAAAUAAACUGCUUUUUAAAGAUCCUUCAAUAAUUCACAUUCAUUCCUGAGAGCGCCACCUGGUGUUUAAUAGUAAAUAUGCGAUCAAGGGUUUUAUAUUAAGAAUAACUUCAAACUGCAACUCCUCUGAGCCUGAUGCAGUUCGACAGAAAAUACGUCAUUAGCCCUUUACUGUUAUCUCAGCAAAAUAAUGUUACAUCACAUCAAAUUUGCAUCACAAGUAGCCUUAUCUUAAGUCUGUAUUUGAUUGGAUUAAUGUGGAUGUGGAGGAUAGGAGUUCAUCUAUUGUAACUCUGUGAUAUAAUAUGUUGUGUGAUUACAGUUAUUAGUUAAGUAAGAUCCUCUAAAAUGUAUCACCAUCAUCUCUGUUUGCCCUUUUACAGCUACUCAACAUGACAUCUUAAAAUCUUGAAGAAAAAAAACAAAAAAAAACAAAAAAAACAAAACAAAAAAACAGAAUCAAUGUUUAAAUUUUGUGCUAUUCUAUAUAAAAACCACUGCACAGUAUUUUAAGGUAAGUUGUGUGAUAAUACAAAUAUUUCACUCAUCUACCGCCUCCUUAACUAAGAUAACUUUUUGCUGAAAAUAUAACUAAAUGUAUCACAUAGAAAUGUAUAUAAAAAAUGUAAAUAAAAUAAAAAAACUAUAAUAAGCUUUAGCAUGUAUCGCUUGCCCUCUCUUUUAUAUUUGUGUGUUUAUAGUGUGUAGAAAAGGUUUGUUCCAAUACAGUAUUUUGAGGUCAGAAUUAACUAGUCUUGAAAUGGCUGUAAUUUAAUUUGUAAGAAAAUACAUCUUAAUUUGGUGAAGCUCAUUACCUGGUCGUGCUUUUACAUUUUGACAUGCAUUAUGUGUGUUAUGAAAGCUGAACUUGUCAAGACUUCAAAUGAAUUCAAAUGGAUAGUAAGUAUAAAUAGCAGGAUCAUUUUCAGAAAACGGUAUCAUUUGUGUGCUGUGUCCACAUGACUAAUAUAUAUAUAUAUAUAUAUACACUGAUCAGCCACAACAUUAAAACUACCUGCAUAAUAUUAUGUAGGUCCCCCUCAUUGGUGCCAGAUGAGCUGGUUUGAGUAUUUCUGUAACUGCUGAUCUCCUGGGAUUUUCACACACAACAGUCUCUAGAAUUUACUCCGAAUGGUGCCAAAAACAAAAUACAUCCAGUGAGGGGCAGUUCUGUGGACGGAAAUGCCUUGUUGAUGAGAGAGGUCAACAGAGAAUGGCCAGACUGGUUCGAACUGACAAAGUCUACGGUAACUCAGAUAACCGCGCUGUACAAUUGUGGUGAGAAGAAUAACAUCUCAGAAUGAUAUUCUGAGAUGUGGGUUGGCGCUGUUUUGGCGGCACGAGGGGGACCUACACAAUAUUAGGCAG